CAACAAAAGCUGCUUCCAAAGGUCAAAACCCGACCCCCUCACCUUCUCUCUCUUUAAUGGCGGCUAGGCUUGCUAAAGAAGAGGAUUUCUAGUUCUCUUUGGCCACCAAGUCCUUCUGACCCGGCCUCUCUCCUCUGCCCCCCUCUUUCCCCUUUCUACCCUCCUUCCGACCCUAUAGCCUCCCAUUCCCACAAAAAACCGCAUAAAAAUCCAAUUUUGGCACCCCUUCCUCCGAGAUCCGUUCCCUUGUUACAAGGACAUUCGUCCAGAUUUGAGCUCGUUUGAUCCGAGGUUUCCGAGCAAACAUACCGUAGUUUCUGGAGAAGAAGGGUUUGUUGGUGUGGGAGUGAGGAAUGGGGACCGCGUGGAGGCGGGCAAAGAGAGCGCUGGCGGCGAGUCUUUGCGUCUAUAUUCCGAGCAAUCUGGACGAUGACGGUGGCUCGCCGACCGGCGUUCACGCCGCCGAAAGGUCGUCGAAUGCUGCGGCGGCGUCUUCUCCGACGUCGUCUGGCGGAGCGUCGGAUUACCGAGCACUGAUGCCGACCACGCCCACUCCGACCUCCUCCGGCCUCCGGCUUCCUAGAUCCGGCAGCAGAUCGUCAAAGAGAACAUGUUCUAUAUGUCUUGGCACCAUGAAAGCGGGCCAUGGCCAUGCCCUCUUCACCGCAGAGUGCUCUCAUACAUUUCACUUUCAUUGCAUAGCCUCAAAUGUGAAGCAUGGCAACCGUGUGUGCCCAGUAUGCAGAGCCAAGUGGAAGGAGAUACCCUUCCAGGGCCCCCCAUCCUCUGAGCAUCCUCAUGGAAGAGCCCGAGUAAACCCAGUCAACUGGCCCCAAGAAGAAGGCUACAUGACUGUUGUGCGUCGGCUUUCUCGUGCAGAUUCUGCAAACCGACAGCACCACCUCACUCCUCUCUUCCAUACGUCAGAGCCAAUCUAUUUCAACGAUGACGAUCCUCUUGACUUGCAGCCUGAUAUGCCGAAAGAUUCUCAACAUGGUUGUAGUAAAACAGUAGAGUUCAAGAUGUACCCAGAAUUCUCAGCCAUUCCUCGGUCAGCCUCCCAAGAGAACUUCACUGUCCUGAUCCACCUGAAGGCCCCUCAUGCUAGCACAAACCAGCUUUCUGGCCAAAACAUCAAUACAAGCUCAACAACUUCACAAACUUCUCGUGCUCCUGUGGACCUUGUCACGGUGCUUGAUGUCAGCGGCAGCAUGGCUGGCACGAAGCUAGCACUUCUUAAGCGUGCCAUGGGGUUUGUUAUCCAAAAUCUUGGACCCUCUGAUAGGCUUUCUGUCAUCGCCUUCUCUUCGACCGCACGCCGACUCUUCCACCUCCGUCGGAUGUCCGACUCUGGUAGGCAGCAGGCCCUGCAAGCUGUCAAUUCUCUGUUGGCUGGUGGUGGCACCAACAUUGCUGAGGGCCUCAGGAAGGGGGCCAAGGUGAUCGAGGAGCGCAGAGAGAAGAACCCAGUCUGCAGCAUCAUUCUUCUCUCUGAUGGGCAGGACACAUAUACUGUAGCCUCUAGUGCUGGUGGAACUCAGCGUACACAAUCAGUCUACGAGUCACUAGUUCCGUCCUCUAUUCGUGGUGCAACCAGCCAUCAAACACCUGUUCAUGCCUUUGGUUUUGGGGCAGAUCAUGAUUCUGCUUCCAUGCAUUCAAUCUCAGAAACCUCUGGUGGGACUUUUUCUUUUAUCGAGGCUGAGGGUGUGAUUCAAGAUGCAUUUGCUCAGUGCAUUGGUGGCCUCCUGAGUGUAGUUGUUCAAGAGAUGUGGGUGGGUGUGGAGUGCAUGCACCCAGGCGUACGGCUUGCUCCGAUAAAGUCGGGCAGCUAUACAAGUAAUGUGGCAGCGGAUGGACGGAGUGGAUCAAUCGAUGUGGGUGACCUGUAUGCUGAUGAAGAAAGAGAUUUCCUUGUAUCUGUAAACAUUCCGCCAGCCUAUGAUGAGUUUGUGCUGCUGAGGGUGGGUUGUUCCUAUAGAGACCCGGUACUGAAUGAGACUAUCAACUUGGAUGGUAACGAGCUGAGGAUUCAGAGGCCAGCAGUCGUUGAGGGCCAGAUGAUGUCAAUUGAGGUUGAUCGUGAGAGGAAUCGUGUUCAGGCUGCAGAAGCCAUGGCGGCAGCAAGGGCGGCAGCUGAGAGGGGUGCACUAUCUGAUGCAGUGUCCAUACUUGAGGAGCGUAGGAGGAUAUUGUCUGAAUCCCUGGUAGGAAGAUCUAGUGACCAGUUGUGCUUGGCGUUGGAUGCAGAGCUGAAGGAGAUGCAGGACAGGAUGGCUAGCCGACAGAGGUAUGAGGCUUCUGGGCGGGCGUACGUGCUAUCGGGGCUCAGCUCACAUUCAUGGCAAAGGGCAACAGUCCGUGGAGACUCAACGGACAGUACCAGCCUCAUUCAUGCCUAUCAGACACCAUCGAUGGUAGACAUGCUUGAGCGAUCACAGACAUUGAGUCUAUCUCCACGACUUCUCAACCCACCACUCCGUCAGGUGAGGUCCUUCUCGGCGCAACUGCACCCGAGGUAGUUGAGUUCCCCAUUUCUUAGAAGGAGAACAAGAUUAAGCAUUGCAUUAAUGUUUUUGUCUAGUAUCUUUUUCCCUCUUAUUCUGAGGUGGGGGUUGGAGCAGUAGUGGGGCCGUACAGGAGAAGGUCAGGGUAAAUGGGCUUGGGGGCAUACAAGAUGGGGAUAUUGCUCCUAGGUUGUAAAUGAAUAAAAUCUGGAAAGGUGGGAUAGAAGGGAGGAUUGAGGUGAAAGGAGGUAUAAUGUUUUCAAGGGGAAAAAGGGUGUAGGUAUAUUAGCUAGGCUUUUCUUUUCAGAAAUUUUUUAAUUUUCUUUUUUAUCUUUGGUGUUGUAUAUAAGAGAAGGCUUUCCCUGAAAAAGGGUGGUAUAAGCUUUUGUAAUCUUUGGGAAUAUAUGGGGGUGCAUUCUUCUCUUGGAUUUAUACUUCUGUAGUAUCUGGCCAAUUCAUUCAUUUCAAGUCCUU